AUGGAAGAACAAAUAUUUUCAUUACCAUUAGUUAAUAGUAAAGGGUCCAAAAAUGCUUCUCCAAUAUAUAGGAAUCCAAAAUAUGUUAAUAAAAAACUUUUAGAUUUAACUGGUGAUGAACCAAAUAAUUUAUGGGAACUUUUUUUAAGUGGUGUUAAUAAAGGUGAAAAUAACCCAUGUAUAGGAACUAGGCAAUGUGAUUCAGAUGGAAAUUAUAGUGAAUAUAAAUUUAGAACUUAUGGUGAAAUCAGAGAUUUGGCUUUGAAUGUUGGUAGAAAUAUUUUGAAAAGAAAUUUGGCCCCAUCUUUAAAAUUCAGUGAUUAUGUAUACCAAGAAGAGGCUAGAAUUAUUGGUAUUCUUAGCAGAAAUAGAGAAGAGUGGUAUAUAAUAGAGCAAGCAUGUAAUGCAUUUGAUAUUUGUAUUGUUCCACUAUAUGAUUCUCUUGGUGAUGAUGCCUUAAAUUAUGCUUUGAAUAUAACUCAAAUCAAAACCUUAUGUAUUAGUGGAGAGGAAGUACCUAAAAUUUUAAAAAUUAUCGAAAAAAAUCAAAAAGAGGAUAGUAAAUCUAAGGAAACUUCAAAGGGUGUGUGCUAUCUACAAAAUUUGGUCUAUUUUGAUGAUUUAUCUACAGAUAUAAUAGAGGUUGCAAAAAAGUUAGAUAUAUCAUUAUUAAAAUUCGAUGAUUUAACAGAAGAGUGUACUAGGGAAGAUAAAAAAAAAUACAAACUUGAGAAAAUUUCACCUGAUAAAGUUUGUUCAAUUCAUUUUACAUCAGGUACAACAGGACACCCUAAAGGAGCAAUUCUAACUCAUCGUUGUUUUCUUGCAUGUAUAUAUGGUGUAUAUGAAAUGUUAUUUGAAGAUAAAAUGAAAAUUACAAGUGAUGAUGUACAUUUGUCAUAUUUACCUAUGGCACAUAUAUUUGAAAGGUUAAUCAUUUCAAUUGCAUAUAGCCGUAGUGUACGUAUUGGAGUAUAUAGUGGUCAUGUUAAAAGGCUUGUAAAUGAUGCACAAGUACUAAGACCUACUAUUUUGAUUUGUGUUCCUCAAGUACUAACUCGCAUAGUUCAGGCAGUAUCAGAUCAUAUUGAACAAUCUAACCCUAUUGUAAAAAAAAUUUUUACAAAGGUAUUAGAUCAGAAGGAACAAAAUAUUAAAAUCAAUGGCAAUCCAUAUCAUUGGUUUUGGGAUAAAAUUUUAUUUAGGAAUACAAAACAAAUAUUAGGGGGUAGACUACGUGGUAUUGUAAGUGGUGCUGCUCCAUUAAGUAAAGAUAUAAAUUAUCGUAUUCAAGCUUUAUUUUGCUGCCAUAUAGUUGAAGGGUAUGGAAUGUCCGAAUGUAUUGCUACAUUAAUUUCUAAUUUUGAGUAUUGUAAUAUAGGCCAUGUUGGUGGUCCAGUUGGGGAUGUUGAAGUAAAAUUAGUAUCUGAACCUGAAAUGGGAUAUGAUGCAACAAAGGAGCCCAGGAGAGGAUCCUUACAUAUUCGUGGAAAUAGUGUAUGUAGAGGAUAUUUUCGUGAUAAAAAUUCAACUAAUGAGUCUAUUGAUAAUGAAGGAUGGUUAGAUACAGGAGAUAUUGCAGAAAGACUACCAAAUGGAGCAUUUCGUAUUAUUGAUAGAAAAAAAGCUUUAUUUAAAUUAGUACAGGGUGAAUAUGUAUCACCUGAAAAAAUUGAAGCUAUAUAUACUACAGCUUCACCAAUUAUACAACAGGUAUAUGUUUAUGGUUUAUCAACUGAUAGAUUCAUAGUUGCCUUAGUGUUUCCAAAUCAAGCAAUUGUUCAUAGAUGGGCAGAAAAUCAUUCCAAAAUAGAUGAUACAUUAGAAACACUUUGUGAAGAUAAGGAAUUAAUUGCAGAAAUUGAAAAAGCAUUUAAAUUAGUAGAAAAAAAGUCUAAUCUACUUAGUUAUGAAAAAAUUAAAAAUUUUAAAAUUGUACCAACUAUUAUGACUACAAAAAAUGGUUUAAUGACACCUACUAUGAAAGUUAAGAGGCAUAAAGUUAAUGAACAAUUCAAGGAUCUGCUUAAUGCAUUGAGGCUCGAUACAUCGAGACUUAAUACAUCAAAAUAA